AUGCGCAAGCUGACGGACCCAGUCAUUCUGACAGCAGGUCCAACAACCAUACCAGUAGGGGGCAGUGUGGCGCUGAGCUGCUCUGUGGAAAACUCUGCUAGAUGGGAGUACAAAUGGUUCAGAUGGACCCCGAACACUUUCCCUGUUCAAAUCAAAAAUGAUGGCAAACAAAACAAGAUUAUUAAUGUUACUCAAGGAGGAUUUUAUCAAUGCAAGGUUGUGAGGGAAACAGACAACCAGAAAAGUUAUUUAAGUAACAGGACUACAAUCAAAAUAAGCUUUUCCAACAAAGUUGUUGUGACUCGACGACCAAACUGGCCUCAGAUGUUCAGUGGUGAGACGAUCACUCUGACAUGUGAGGUCCAGGGAGGAGAAACCACUGAGUGGACGUAUGAAUGGAGGAGAUCUGGCACAACUGUAAAACUGGGAAAUGACAAAGACCUGAAUGUGACGGUUUCUGAGUCCAGCAGUGGAGAGUACAGUUGUCAGUGUCGACUCAGAGACGACUGGUAUUCUGUGACAAAGUGGAGUGAAAAGAUCCCAGUGUCUGUAACUGUGUCCAGUGAGGGCAGCUCUUCAUCUCAUGUGCUCUUAAUUGUUGGACUGAUUAGUGGAGUCCUUCUCAUCAUCCUCCUGCUCUCGUUGUGGCGCUACAGACGGUCCAAUGAUUUAUUCUGCUUCAGGUUGUCCAGCAGCCAGAGCUCUGCCGUCAGUCAUGGAGUGGAUCAGACUGAAGGUCACGUUUACAGCUCUCUGCUGCAUGGCACCACUUCUGUGUAUGAGACACUCCGUCCACGUGGAGCCACUGGAAACGAGAGGUGUCAUCAUCAUCCAGAGGAAGAUUCUGUUUACGUUAACAUGAGACCAGGACAUAAAAGCUCAGCAUGUGCAAAUCUGACGAUUGACCCCAACUGGUCGACUUUUUAUGCUGGAGAGAGCGUGACCUUCGUUUGUGACAUGAAUGAAGGGAAAGACUCCGACUGGGAAUAUGAGAUUAGAAGAAAUGGAGAACAAUUUCUUCAAUCCGAUCAGCACAAAAGCUACACAUUACAACCUAUCCAAACAGAUCACAGUGGUGAAUAUCACUGCUGUGGUGUCAAGAAGAGCUCUACUGAUACCAAGUGCAGUGGUACUGUCUCUUUAAAUGUUACAGCCCAACCCAAAGCCACACUGAAUGCAGGUCCAACAACCAUACCAGUAGGGGGCAGUGUGACACUGAUCUGCUCAGUGGAGCCCUCUGCUGGAUGGAAAUACAGAUGGUUCAGAAAAACCAAAAACACUCAUGAAGUUCAACUCACUGAUGAAGAAAACAGAGAUAUCAAUGUAACACAAGGAGGAAUAUACCGAUGUAUGGGAAUGAGAGGAAAUGCAAACUUUCACAGUCUUAUAAGUGACGAGGUCGACAUCGCAAUAACCUUUUCCAACGAAGUUGUUGUGACUCGACGACCAAACUGGCCUCAGAUCUUCAGUGGUGAGACGAUCACUCUGACAUGUGAAGUCCAGGGAGGAGAAACCACUGAGUGGACGUGUGAAUGGAGGAGAGGUGUGAAAACUGUAGCCAGAAGAAAUGAUAAAGACUGGCCUGUCAGUGUUUCUGAGUCCAGCAGUGGAGAGUACAUGUGUCAGUGCAGACGCAGAGACGACUGGUAUUCUGUGACAAAGUGGAGUGAAAAGAUCCCAGUGUCUGUGUCAGUGUCCAACAAGGUUGUUGUGACUCGACGACCAAACUGGCCUCAUAUCUUCAGUGGUGAGACGAUCACUCUGACAUGUGAGGUCCAGAGAGGAGAAACAACUGAGUGGACGUAUGAAUGGAAGAGAAAUGAGACAACUGUACAAAGUGAAAAUGAUAAAGACCUGACUCUCAGUGUUUCUGAGUCCAGCAGUGGAGAGUACAGGUGUCAGUGCAGACUGAGAGACGACUGGCAUUCUGUGACAAAGUGGAGUGAAAAGAUCCCAUUGUUGGUGUCAGUGUCCACUCCUGGCAGCUCUUCAUCUCCUGUCCUUAUGAUCGUCGGACCUGUUAGUGGAAUCCUCCUGGUUCUUCUUCUGGUGUUACUGUGGUACUACAGGCAGUCCAAAGGUGAUGAUCAUAUCUACGAGUCGGUCAACUUUUCAGAGCCCAGUGGAAAUGUGGUAGACAAACCCACAGAUGUAACCUACUCUCUGAUUGAACUGAAAAACUUUGGGAAAGAGAGUACCCCAAAUAAACCAGCAGAGGGCGCUGUUUACUAUUGUCUGGAACCUGGAAUGGAAGAUGCUCCGCUGUUCUCAUCACGAUCGCUCAUACAGAAACCAAACUGUUUAUCUGCCACAAGCCGUGGCGGCCACCUCGACCUCAAGGCUCAGAGGUCGAGCUACAGAAAAGCAGAAGCAUUAAUCAUUAGCUGUGCAGUAAGUCAUGCUGUGAGGAUGCAGCGCCAUCUGCUCUGGAUGGGCUUUCUCUUUUUCAGCAUGCUUUCCUAUGGACAUCCUGAAGGGACAACUAAACUGGCGGCAGAUAAAACAAUUCUACCAGCAGGGGGCAGUGUAACUCUGACCUGCACUGUGGAUGGUUCAGGUCACUUCGUUAUUUACUGGUACAGACAUGAUUCCGAGUCGUCUGAAGGUCAGAUUAUGAAGAACUAUGCAGCAGACAAAGUCAUCAAACUCUCAAAAGGAGGUCUGUACAGCUGCAGAGGAGGAAAAGAAGGAAAAGGAGGUUCAGUUUCGUACACAAAUUACAGCAACAAGGUCACUAUUGAGGAAACACUUUCUUUUAAAGUCACUGUGACCUUUGACCACAAGUGGCCUCGGAUUUACGGAGGAGAGACGGUCACUAUCAGAUGUGAAAUAAAGGGAGGUGGACAAAUUAACUGGACCUAUGAAUGGAGAAAAAACAAGACGCAUGAGAAAACGGUAUCUUCAGGUGAAUACAGGAUCUCCGGAGCUAAACAGUCUGACAGUGGAGAGUACAGCUGCAGAGGAAGAAGAGACAGGUUUUCCUCUACAGAGUGGAGUGAUGCUUUCUCAUUAACUGUAUAUAAUCUUGUUCCUGUCCUCUCUGUGUCUCCAUCAUGGCUGAAUCCUGGAGCCUCAGUGACUCUGAGCUGUGAGGUUGAACAUCCACCUGCAGGAACCAGGUUCUUCUGGUAUAAAGCUGUUCCUGAUCCAUCAAGCAGCUCUUACAGCUAUGAGUUGCUGCCUGGUAGCAUCAAUGGGACUAAAGAGAAUAUCUAUAUUAGUCGUGGACAGACAAGAACUGCAGGGUACGUCUGUGAAGCAGGACGAGGGGAACAAGCUGUGAAAAGCAAACCGAAAUUUGUGUGGUCUGCAGGUCAGUUUUUUCCCCGUCUUUCUCUUCAGUCGAAUGAAGAGUUCCAUCCUGGAUCCUCUCUCAAAGUGAAUCCUGACAGAGUUCAACACUUCAGCUCUGAUUCGGUCUCUUUCCACUGUGAAGGAAACUCUACUGACUGGAGACUGAUGAGGGUUUCAGAAACGGGCCAGCCUUCAUUUCUGAACUCAUCCAACUGGGGAAGAAAACAAUCCGUAAUCAGAAACUGGUCUGAUGGUGGAAUAUUCUGGUGUGAGUCUGGUUUGGGAGAAUUCAGCAAUGCAGUAAACAUCACUUUACAGAAUGAUUCUUCUGCUCCUCUCCUGCUGAGUCCUGUUCUUCCUGUGACUGAAGGAGAUCCUGUGACUCUGAGCUGCAGAGAUAAAAAACAAAAUCUUCUCUCCAAUGUGUUUUUCUAUCAUAAUGAUAAACUCAUCCAUAAUGACAACAGAGGGGAGCUGAAGAUCUCUGCAGUGUCAAAGUCAGAUGAAGGUUUCUACAAAUGUCAACAUUCAGGAAAAUAUUCACCAAGGAGCUGGAUGUCUGUUAGAGUGUUUCUUGCAAACCUUCCCGCUCCUGUCAGGUCUUCAUCCAAUGUGCUGGUGAUCAUUGGACUGUUUAGUGGAAUCCUUCUCAUUAUUCUCCUGCUGUUUUUGUGUUAUUACAUACGCUCCAAAGCCCCUGACGAGACCAGAGAAGUUACCUAUGCUCAGAUUGAAGUGAACAACAUUGGAAAGAAGAGAAGGCCUCCGAAUACAGAAGAGGGCGCUGUUUACUCUAAAGUGAAAAGAGGAGCUGCAGAUUUGAAUCCAGUAUAUGCUGACAUCAACCAUCAGAACAAAGCCAAGAAAAAGAGGAAAGGAGAGUUGAGUCCUCCAGCCUCAGAUGUAAUUUAUUCUGAAAUCAAAUCAGUACCCAUCCUGGAUAACAGUGCUACCAGGCAGGAUGUAGGGUGCGCUGAAUAAAUUUGCAAUCUAUUAAACUCAAUGCAAUUACAUGAGUCAAAAUUUGCAUUAUACAUGCUUAGGUCAGCUUACCUUUAUAUACUUUUCAAUUGCAAGUUUGUAAUUGAGGCAGUUUUUGAACAUGGAAAGAGAUAUUUUAAAGCUCAUAGCAUCUGCUUGGGAUCUUUAGAUAAUUGAAAAAAUUCACUUGGGACUGAAUUAUGUUUUAACAAAAAAACUCAACUGUUUUAUUUACUAAAAAUCUUCUUUUUAACAUCUAAAUCAAUGUUGUGCAUGAUAAACACACUGUGUAUGUUUUAAGAUGAGCAAAUCAGCUAAGUGGACAUACAUUCUUAUUGUCAAGUUUGUAACACUAAUUUUUCCAUUUUAAAAUGGGUGAGUUGUUGCAUUAUAAUUUGUAAUUAGUUUAUUGUUUUACCAAUUAAGAUAACUACACAACUGCCAAGCUUGCAUUUGAAUUUGCUGUCUAAAUAUUUACUUCAAUUAACACAGUGGUAAAUGAAUUUUAUUCAUGUCAAUAUUCGUUAAAAAGUUUCAUUACUUACUGAUGUGGUUGGAUUUAAUCUGGAAGAUUUUUCUUGUAUUUUGUUUACCUAACAGUAUCUUGUUAAAUUGUGAAAUAAUUUUUCAUCUGCAUGCCUUGACUGAA